UCUCCAGCGCCGACCCGUCUCUCUGCCCUCGCCGCUGCCAUGGCGGCAGCUCCGCCGCUUUCCAAGGCCGAGUAUCUGAAGCGUUACUUGUCCGGGGCAGAUGCCGGCGUCGACCGGGGAUCUGAGUCCGGUCGCAAGCGUCGCAAAAAGCGGCCGAAGCCUGGCGGGGCCGGCGGCAAGGGAAUGCGGAUUGUGGAUGACGAUGUGAGCUGGACAGCUAUCUCCACAACCAAACUAGAAAAGGAGGAAGAGGAAGAUGAUGGAGAUUUGCCUGUGGUGGCAGAGUUUGUGGAUGAGCGGCCGGAAGAGGUAAAGCAGAUGGAGGCCUUUCGUUCCAGUGCCAAAUGGAAGCUUCUGGGAGGCCACAAUGAAGACCUACCCUCAAACAGACAUUUUCGUCACGAUACCCCGGAUUCGUCUCCUAGGAGAGUCCGUCAUGGUACCCCGGAUCCACCUCCUAGGAGAGUCCGUCAUGAUACCCCGGAUUCAUCUCCUAGGAGGGCCCGUCAUGACACCCCGGAUUCAUCUCCUAGGAGGGCCCGUCAUGACACCCCAGAUCCUUCUCCCCUCAGAGGGGCUCGUCAUGACUCAGACACAUCUCCUACCAGGAGGAUCCGUCAUGACUCCUCAGACACUUCACCCCCAAGGAGGGCCUGUCAUGAUUCUCCAGAUCCUUCUCCCCCAAGGAGGCCUCAGCAUAAUUCUUCAGGUGCAUCUCCUAGGAGAGUCCGUCAUGAUUCACCAGAUCCCUCUCCUCCUAGGCGAGCCCGUCAUGAUUCCUCAGAUAUCUCUUCCCCCAGAAGGGUCCAUAACAACUCCCCUGACACAUCUAGGAGGACUCUUGGCUCUUCAGACACACAGCAACUCAGAAGGGCCCGUCAUGAGUCCUCUGAUUUGGCUCCUAGUGUCACUCAUUCCCUGCCCAGAACCAAAAGUGGUAAAGCCCCAGAAAGAGCCUCUAGCAAGACUUCUCCACAUUGGAAGGAGUCAGGAGCCUCCCAUUCGUCCCUCCCAAAGAACAGCAAACAUGAGUAUGACCCUGACAUCUCUCCUCCGCGAAAAAAGCAAGCAAAAUCCCAUUUUGGAGACAAGAAGCAGCUUGAUUCCAAAGGUGACUGCCAGAAAGCAACUGAUUCAGACCUUUCUUCUCCACGGCAUAAACAAAGUCCAGGGCACCAGAAUUCUGAUUCAGAUCUGUCACCUCCACGGAAUAGACCUAGACACCAGAGCUCUGAUUCUGACCUCUCUCCACCAAGGAGGAGACAGAGGACCAAAUCUUCUGAUUCUGACCUGUCACCGCCUCGAAGGAGUCAGCCUCCUGGAAAGAAGGCUGCACACAUGUAUUCUGGGGCUAAAACGGGGUUGGUGUUAACUGACAUACAGCGAGAACAGCAGGAGCUCAAGAAACAGGAUGAAGAAACCAUGGCAUUUGAAGCUGAAUUUCAAUAUGCUGAAACCGUAUUUCGAGAUAAGUCUGGUCGUAAGAGGAAUUUGAAACUCGAACGUUUAGAGCAAAGGAGGAAAGCAGAAAAGGACUCAGAGAGAGAUGAGCUGUAUGCCCAGUGGGGAAAAGGGCUUGCCCAGAGCCGGCAACAGCAACAAAAUGUGGAGGAUGCAAUGAAAGAGAUGCAAAAGCCUCUGGCCCGCUAUAUUGAUGACGAAGAUCUGGAUAGGAUGCUAAGAGAACAAGAAAGAGAGGGGGACCCCAUGGCCAACUUCAUCAAGAAGAAUAAGGCCAAGGAGAACAAGAAUAAAAAAGUGAGACCUCGCUACAGUGGUCCAGCACCUCCUCCCAACAGAUUUAAUAUCUGGCCUGGAUAUCGCUGGGAUGGAGUGGACAGAUCCAAUGGAUUUGAACAGAAGCGCUUUGCCAGGCUUGCCAGCAAGAAGGCAGUGGAGGAACUUGCCUACAAAUGGAGUGUUGAGGAUAUGUAACUUUCCUGAGGCUGUGGGGGUGGCUGGGCUGUGGUAGUGGGCAUAGGCAGUGAGAUAUCCAGUGGUAACAGUUGUCUGUGCUAAUAAUUGGAGCCCACACAGACCAGCAACUUGUUGAAUGCCAGUUUUGACCACAGAAGAAUAUUCGAGACCUGAUGUUUGGACUGAGGUACCUGUACUUCUUGGGUGUGACAGCACCGGCUGUUGCUGGCUUUCAGAGGAAGCAUUGAUUUCUCAUUGACCAGGGUUUGUUCUUGGUAGGGUUUUUCUUUUUCUUUUUUAAAUAAACAUGUAUUUAUUUUUUUAAAAUUA